GGGAGCUGCGGAGCUAGAGACGCGCGGACGCAGGCGAGAAUUCUACCACUGAACCACCAAUGCAAGUGGCCAAUGGCUUUUGGGGACUCUACCUGAGCUUGGAAGAGAUGGAGGUGGCGGUGCUCAGGCCGAAGGUGCCGGCCGGGGGCGCGGCGGAGGAGUGGCCCCGGGUAGCUGACGGGGGUGGAGCGCCAGGCUAGCCUUCCUCCCGCCCGGAUCCGGCCGCCCGGCCAUAAAGUCGCCCCAUAUGGUCAGGGGCGGCCCCACACCCGGGUGCGAACAGCCCGGGGCCCCGAGCCUCGCGUGCAGACAUUUUAUCCGGAAGCCUCCGAGUGCUCACGCACCGUUCUGCAGUGCGUCGUGUUCUUGGUUUGAGAUGCUGAAGCCGCUGGUGGAGAAGCGGCGCCGGGACCGCAUCAACCGCAGCCUGGAAGAGCUCAGGCUGCUGCUGCUGGAGCGGACCCGGGACCAGAACCUCCGCAACCCGAAGCUGGAGAAAGCAGAGAUACUGGAGUUCGCCGUGGGCUACUUGAGGGAGCGAAGCCGGGUGGAGCCCCCGGGGGUUCCCCGGUCCCCAGCCCAGGACGCCGAGGCGCUCGCCAGCUGCUACUUGUCCGGCUUCCGCGAGUGCCUGCUUCGCCUGGCGGCCUUCGCGCACGACGCCAGCCCGGCCGCCCGCGCCCAGCUCUUCUCCGCGCUGCACGGCUACCUGCGCCCCAAGCCGCCCCGGCCGGAACCGGUAGAUCCGAGGCCCCAAGCGCCGCGCCCACCGCUGGACCCCGCCGCCCCGGCGCCCGGCCCCGCGCUGCACCAGCGCCCCCCAGUGCACCAGGGCCUCCGUAGCCCGCGCUGCGCCUGGUCCCCGUCCCCCUGCUCGCCCCGCGCCGGGGAUUGCAGCGCGCCGGCGCCCCUCACCGGACUGCUGCCGCCGCCGCCGCCGCCGCCGCCGCCGCACAGACAAGACGGGGCGCCCAAGGCCCCGCCGCCCCCGCCGCCCGCUUUCUGGAGACCUUGGCCCUGAGCUUUGGGGGGUGGGAUGGGGGCGGGGGCUGGGGGUGAGGUAGAGACUCCAGCCCGAGGGCAGCAGAGGGACCCGGGCGUCGGGGCGAGCAGGUGUUGGGGAGGGCGGCGGGGCGCGCGGGCGCAGCGCGCGGGUGAGAUGUGGUCUAUAUUAGAGUAUCUAUAUAAAUAUAUAUUUCCCCGGUUUCUGUCCCUUUUCCCUGCCCCCCCCUUGCGUCUAGGAUUGUACCCUCUCUGCCCCCGGCCCAGCCCCAGCCCCUUCCCGAGUCCCUAGUGCAUGGAAUAAAGUGGUUAUUAAAUCCC